GCACUCUAAGCAGCUGGGAGAGCGUCUGGCUGACCUGCACCUACACAACCAGAGACGCAGAGACAGACAGAACAAGGAACAGCAGACAGUUGGAAAAGGAGCUGAUGUUCCUGUCAUUGACCAGUUUGGGUUCCAGGUUCCCACUUGCUGUGGAUACCUCCCUCAGGAGAAUGAGUGGCAGAGUGACUGGGUAACGUUCUACUCUCAGCACAGACUACAGCACCAACUCAACAUGGUGGAGAAGUCUUAUGGAGACAGAGAGGCCAGGGAACUAUGGUCCCAGCUACAGGUAACUAUAGAACUAGGUAACUAUGGUCCCAGCUACAGGUAACUAUAGAACUAGGUAACUACAGGUAACACAGACUACAGUACCAACUCAACAUGGUGGAGGAGUCUUAUGGAGACUGAGAGGCCAGGGAACUAUGGUCCCAGCUACAGGUAACUAGGGUAACUACAGGGUACUAUGGUCCCAGCUACAGGUAACUAUAGAACUAGGUAACUACAGGUAACACAGACUACAGUACCAACUCAACAUGGUGGAGGAGUCUUAUGGAGACUGAGAGGCCAGGGAACUAUGGUCCCAGCUACAGGUAACUAGGUAACUACAGGGUACUAUGGUCCCAGCUACAGGUAACUAUAGAACUAGGUAACUACAGGUAACACAGACUACAGUACCAACUCAACAUGGUGGAGGAGUCUUAUGGAGACUGAGAGGCCAGGGAACUAUGGUCCCAGCCACAGGUAACUACAGGGAACUAUGGUCCCAGCUACAGGUAACUAUAGAACUAGGUAACUAUGGUCCCAGCUACAGGUAACUAUAGAACUAGGUAACUACAGGUAACACAGACUACAGUACCAACUCAACAUGGUGGAGGAGUCUUAUGGAGACUGAGAGGCCAGGGAACUAUGGUCCCAGCUACAGGUAACUAUAGAACUAUGUAACUACAGGGAACUAUGGUCCCAGCUACAGGUAACUAUAGAACUAGGUAACUACAGGUAACUAUGGUCCCAGCUACAGGUAACUAUAGAACUAGGUAACUACAGGGUACUAUGGUCCCAGCUACAGGUAACUAUAGAACUAGGUAACUACAGGUAACACAGACUACAGUACCAACUCAACAUGGUGGAGGAGUCUUAUGGAGACUGAGAGGCCAGGGAACUAUGGUCCCAGCCACAGGUAACUAUAGAACUAUGUAACUACAGGGAACUAUGGUCCCAGCUACAGGUAACUAUAGAACUAGGUAACUACAGGUAACUAUGGUCCCAGCUACAGGUAACUAUAGAACUAGGUAACUACAGGUAACUAUGGUCCCAGCUACAGGUAACUAUAGAACUAGG